AUGACUCUAGGUCCCAUGACACUUGAUAUUCACACACAACAUAGACCAACAACUCCAUUCUCCACCGCUGAACCUGCGAUCUCCAUGGCUAAAGUUCUUCAAAAAUCUUCUUCCCUCUUCUUCAUCGUUAUCUCCUUUUUCAUAUCCUUCGUCAUAUUUUCGGUCACCGGAGAAAAUAGCGGUUUUGUAAAAGCCAUUGAUCGGAAAACACUUGGUCUCAGAAAGGAAAAGCUUAGCCAUUUUCGCGUCUAUUGGCAUGACAUCGUUAGUGGCCGGAGCCCAACAUCAGUGCCAGUUACUCAGCCCUCUCUGAACUCAUCAACCGCUUUCGGUUUGAUGAAUAUGAUCGAUAAUCCGUUAACAGAGGGCCCGGAAUUGAGCUCAAAAAUGGUUGGGAGGGCUCAAGGGUUUUAUGCAUCUGCAUCACAAGAAGAGGUUGGUUUAAUAAUGGCAAUGAACUUUGCUUUCAUUGAGGGAAAGUAUAAUGGAAGUACAAUCACGGUGCUCGGGAGGAACUCUGUUUUCAAUAAGAUGAGGGAGAUGCCGGUGAUCGGAGGGAGCGGGCUUUUCCGGUUUGCUCGUGGCUAUGUUCAUGCCAGAACUCAUACCGUUGACCUCAAGUCUGGAGAUGCCACUGUUAAGUAUGAUUGCUAUGUGAUGCAUUAUUGAUGUUUUCUUGUAUCCUUUUGAAAUUAUAGCUUUCGAUAAUGAUGUUGGCCACCCAUGUUGGUUACUUUAUAGCUAAGUAUCUUUCUUCUUAAAUGUCUCAUUGAAACUUUUCUAGCUAGGCAUCUAGAAAAUCACCAACUUUAGUUAGCAACUACCAAUUUUCAUUGGAAAAUUUACUCUUUUACCCUCCCAACUAUGCCACGUAUCACAUUGCCCAUUUUAUUUUGGACUAUUGGUUUUACGCUAUCCU